AUGAAAUGUUUAGUUUUUAUUGAGACAUUAAGCAUUAGCAUACAAUCAGUCUAUUACUUUAAUAAGCAAGCACAUUCAUUUACUUCUUGCUCAAUCUGCUCUAUAUCUAAAUUACCUUUAGCUAGAAACUGUUUAUUUAGAUCACCUAAUUCAAAUAAUCAAAAGCUUUUAUUUUUUAAAUUUGUAUUAAAAAAUAAGAUUUUACUUUCCUUUCAUUAAUAAUAUUCCAUUUUUUUAAAAUCAAUUGAAAAGCAAAUUUUUGAAUCAUUAUAUUAUUUUAUUUCUCUUUCUAAUUUGAGUCAUUCUCAUUUCAGACAUUUAGAAGAAUUCAAGUUAAGUUUAACGCAUAUUUCAUAACAUAUUAUAAUUAUUUAGCUAAUUAGUUAGUUAGUAAAAAUUUAUAGACAGAACAGCACUAAAGAUGUUUUAAGUAAAAUUUAUUGUUAUUAUAGAGAUUUAAUAAAGACAUAAUUAUCUCUAAAAAUGGCUGUUUGUAUUUCUACAGUUCAGAAUAUAUUUCUCGAAUUUUUCUUGAAAUUUCCAUGA